GGUGCCGGUGCCAGGGAGCGCAGCGGCAGAUUCCCGGGGCCGGGCUGGGUGCGCGGCGGGACCCCGGCAGGGAAGGGGUGCCAGCCAGCCCGUGUCCCGGUCCGGGGACGGGCCGCGGGCCCGGAGAGGGGCGGGGGGAUUCACGUUUCGCUGACAUCACGGCGGUGCUGGAGCGGCCGGGGGCCAGCAGCCCCGGGGGCCGGCAGCCCCGCAGCCCCGGCACCGGCGCCUCCGGCCAGGAUGGCUCCUCAGAUCUAGACAGGGAGACCGGAGCAGUGCCAGAAAUCCCCGUCCAGUGACAGUGGGAGUGGGAUAGAGGAGCUGCCGUGAGGAUGUCCAAAGCCAAGCCCCUCAGCAUCUCUUGCCUCGUGCUCUCCUUGCUCUCCUUGCUCUGGGCUUUGCUCCAGCUGGGCCAGGCUUUUCCCAGCACCUCUGACUACCUCCAGCGGGGCUGGCAGCGGCUGCUGGAGGAAGGGGAGGGCUGCACCGAGUGCCAGCCAGAGGAGUGCCCGACGCCACGCGGGUGCCUGGCAGGCACGGUGCGGGAUGCCUGCGACUGCUGCUGGGAAUGUGCCAACCUGGAGGGACAGAUCUGCGACCUGGACAACACCAACCACUUCUAUGGCAAGUGUGGGGAGCACCUGGAGUGCCGGCUGGAUCCUGGGGACCUGCGGCACGGAGAGGUGCCCGAGCCCCAGUGCGCCUGCCUCUCCCACCUGGCCCUCUGCGGCUCUGACGGCAAAACCUACGCUCAGAUCUGCAGGUUCCUGGAGGCUGCCCGUGCUCACCCCGAUGCCAACCUCACCGUGGCCCAUGAAGGUCCCUGCGAGUCAGAGCCUCAGAUCACCUCUCCUCCCUAUGACACAUGGAACAUCACUGGGCAGGAUGUCAUCUUCGGCUGCGAGGUCUUUGCCUACCCCAUGGCAUCCAUUGAGUGGAGGAAGGAUGGCACGGAGAUGCUGCUGCCUGGAGAUGACCCCCACAUCUCUGUCCAGUUCAGAGGUGGCCCCCAGAAAUACGAGGUGACAGGCUGGCUGCAGAUCCAGGGCGUGCGGGUGACGGACGAGGGCACGUACCGCUGCUUCGCCAGGAACAGGCUCGGGGAGGUGGUGGCACUGGCCAGCCUGACCGUCUUCACACCGGACCAGCUCAACCUGACAGACUUCUCCCUGCUGAAGCCUCGCAUGACACCUGAAGACUACAGGGAGAGUGAGGAGGACUACUACUAGCCCAGAGAUGGCAUGUUCAGCUGCAGAGACCACCUUGCCCACAGUGACCCUUCCCUGGGCUUGGGGACCUCUCUGGAGCAAGCAUCCUCUGGCCCAAAACUCCUUUUCUGAACAAUCCUGGCACAACCGCCUGGUUUUUGGGGUGGGGGAGAGGGUGAUACAACCUUUUGAUGUGCUGGGGGAUGGGAUACUGGCUACUUGUCAAGGGCUGGGAUCAGGGACAGCUCUGCCUGGAGCAGGAUGGAUCUGCCCUCUGGCACUGAGGGGAGACACAAUGGCAGGUAGGACACUGUGGGGACAGCUGUGCUGUGUGUGAUGAGGAUUGGUGCUGGAGACAGCCUCCUUUGGGAGAGUGAGGCCAGGGCAGGGGCAUUAUGUCCUGUAUGAAUAAUUUUUUGGGGAAGCUGGAGCAGAGAGCUGGGACCUGACUGUGAUAACCAGCAUGUCACACCCCCCUGCCCCCCUCCAUCUGCUCUGUAUCCCCCAAGCACAGAGACGUCCCAGCUUCUCCCCAGAACCUGAGGAACCUGCUGCCAAAACACCCUUCUCUUCUGUUUUGUUUUUAACCAGAAAAGUAGUGAUUUGAGGAAACCAGGCACUUGUGGAUUUCAGAGCUGUCUUUUCUCCAGCUGAACCACCCUUGUGGUCAGAAACACUUUGGCCUUUUUUUGACUGACUUAAUUUUUCCCUUCCAUGCCUUUGACUGACCUCAUGCUUUCCUUUGUCAUUUCAGUUGAUGUUAUUUAAAAUAUACAUGUAGGUCAAAGCCAAGGCUGGCUGACUGUCCUGCAUCCACAAGGAUGAUUAUGGGGCUGAGGAAGGGUGCAAACACUGUGGAUGCUACCUUGUCCAUUGGUGGGGUGCUUGGGUUGAGGAGCCCUCCUGCACAUCCCAGUGCUCACAGCUGGUCCUGGUGUGGGUCCUGCCCUUCCCACCCCACCUGGGGAUGGGGGUGCCCAGUGCACAAUCUCCUGUGCAGUGGUGAUGCAUCAGCUCCUAUCACUGUGCUCCCAUGUGUUUGGAUCCCAUCCCACUGCUGCCCAUUUUCAUAUUGGGGUCCUAAGUUCUGUGACACUGGGAUCUCCACCCAGGUGACCACAGCUCUGUCAAGUGUGGAGCAGUUCUGUGACUAGUUGGUGAAGUAAAGGGCUGCUCCAGUUUCCACUGGAAACUAUAUUAAAAAAAAACAAAACCCACCUACCUCCCAGAGCUGGUGAUUUAGAGCAAACUUUCAUUUGGGGGAGCACAGGAAGGAAGCUCAGAACUGAACUGUGCUGCUCGCUGCCCAGAGAGGGCUGCCAGGACCCUUCCUCUGGGCAUUCUGGGGCUGAGCUCACAUUCAAGGGGUGCUUUAUCCCCCAAAGCAGCAGCAUUUACAGGACUUCUGGUGCUCAAAAGCUCCAUAUGGACCAAACCCCUCCCAGUUACUCAGUCCCAGCUCUGGGGAGGUCCAGAGCUGUGCCAGAGAGCCAGACCCUGUGAGAGAGGAAUUGGCCAGACCCUGGGCAGGAGCAGGCAAGAUGCAAUAAGGCUGGUGGCUCGGGUCCCGUGCUACUCUCCUUCACAUGUUUUUUCUUUUCUUUUCUUCCUUUUUCUCUUGAGACCUGGCUCAGAUGACACAAUUACGGCACUGAAACCUGAACAAGCAAAUAAAAGGGAUUUGUCUGGAA